CCAAUCGAUCUAGAAAAAUUCAUUCAACGGGUGAUAAAGGAAGUGAACUUUAUAUUGUUUGUUCCUCCCCCUCCCUUCGUGAGAAACGAUUUUGUCAAUCUCAUGGCCACCAUCGAUAGGGCGAGGUAUCAUAGGGUGUCGGAAGGGAAAAGUCUCAUCAUCAAUGUGCGGAAACAGUUUCGAGGCAUGGAAGACUGGGGCGACUUCAUUCACCCACGCGUGGUGAAAGAAGCCCGCUUACCCACGACAGGGUCUCCGACUCCCAUCUCCGUGACCCUAAGGGAUGACAAGACCCAGCGCUUCUUCGAUCAGACGGUCACCGACCUCCCUUUCUUCCUCACUCUCGAGCAGACUGAUCGUUUCCUGGCGUCUCGUCGCCACCGCUCCUUUGCACAUUUCGAUGUGAUGGAGACGGGGUACGACUUCAUUCACGGCACUCCGUGGUCUCGCCGGUUCCGCAGCACCGAGGCCGAUUGGGCGACCAACACUCUCGUUCUCAAAACGAAGUGUGGACAGACGUAUCGCGUGCCUUUCAUAGGUACCACUGCGACACCACGCCCCGAUCCUCCUCCCCCGGAGCCUUCCGUGCCCACACCACCCCCUUCUAUCGCUGUCACCUCGCCUCGGCAGCUCGCCCACUUCCUCCGACAGGACGACGUCACCUUCUUUAUGGUGAACGUGACGGAUCUCUUACACUAUGAUCCACCUUGUCCUGAAGCCGAGCUUAUCCCUCUGGAGCCAGAUCCUCCUUCUAUCUCCAUGGCUCCCAUCUCUACUUCCGUCCCUCCACCGUCCGUCGAGUCCACCCUGUCGUCGCGCGCUGACGCUGACGCUGAGGAACUCGCAUGCUAUACGGCUGACCUGGAGCCCGCAGUUCGUAACGUCAUUCGAGAGUACCACGACGUUUUCCCAUCGUCGUUCUCGUACGCCGGCAUCCCACCGAUGCGCGACGUCGAGCACUCCAUCCAGCUUGUGCCUGACUACCGUGUUCACCACCAGGCACCCUACAGACUCUCGAUCCCCGAGGCCACAAAACUCGAGCGUCAGCUUGAGGAGCUCCUGAGACAAGGUUUCAUUAAACUCAGCAACUCCCCGUGGGGUGCACCCGUCCUCUUUGCUCGCAAAGCGGAUGGAACUCUCCGUCUCUGCAUCGACUACCGCGGUCUCAACCGCUACACGGUUAAGAACAGCUACCUUAUGCCUCGUUCCGAUGAGCUGUUCAACCGCCUAGCAGGCAACCGCUUCUUUACGAAGAUUGAUCUUUGUAGUGGUUACCAUCAGAUCCGCAUCGCUGCAGCCAACCAGCCGAAGACCGCGUUCCAAUCGCGAUUCGGCCACUACGAGUUCACGGUGAUGCCAUUCGGCCUCACCAAUGCACCCGCUACCUUCCAGAGGGCGAUGAACRACAUCUUCAGGGACAUCCUGCAGCAGUACGUUCUCGUCUACCUCGACGAUAUCCUGGUCUAUAGUCGCACCCUUGAGGAGCACCUCAGACACCUCCGCGACGUCCUUGACCGCUUGCGCAGACAUGGCUUCUACGCCAAGUUGAGCAAGUGCCGCUUUGCCCAGCACAAAGUGGACUUCUUAGGACACUACGUGUCUGACCAGGGUCUCCACAUGGAUGACGCGAAGAUCACUGCUAUUGCGGAGUGGCCCGCUCCCACAUCUGCCAAGCAGCUUCGCAGCUUCCUAGGCCUGACCAGCUACUAUAGUAAUUUCAUCCGGGGAUACGCUAGGUAUUCCAACGUCCUUACCUCCACCCUCCUCCGGAAGAACCCACCCUGGGCUUGGACACCCCUCCACGAGGACGCCUUCCGCGCCCUCAAGAAGGCGGUGACAUGYGCACCGGUUCUUCACCUACCCGAUUUUGAUCGCCCUUUUAUCCUUACCGCCGAUGCGUCAGACUUUGUUGUAGGAGCAGUGCUUUCUCAGGUCUUCCCCUCCUCUCCUGAUUCCUCUCAUCCUCGUAUCCCUCGCUUCCCACCACCUACCCCUACCACUGCUUCCCGACUGACGCCUACUCGUCCAGCUACUGACGAGCCUUCUAUUGACUAUUCUCCUACCAUUGUCGAGGACGACACUGUCGAGUCUCACUCAGGUGAUUGUCCGAUAGCCUUCUACUCCCGUCAGCUCCUGCCCGCCGAGAUAAACUACACUGUUGAUGAAUGUGAGGUUCUCGCAGUAGUUUAUGCCGCUCGGCACUGGCGUCACUACCUGCACGGGGCACCAUUCACGGUGCGCACGGACAACUCUGUUGUCCAGGCUUUUCUGACAAAGCCCACGGUCACUCCUCGACAGGCCCGCUGGUGGCGCGACCUAUCUGAGUUUAGUUUCACCACUGAGCACAUCAAGGGUGAGACUAAUCGGGUCGCAGAUGCCUUAUCCCGGUGCCCUGACCACGACCAGGAGCAGAUCCAACUCUCUUCCAUCUCGGUCACCAUUGUCCACCACUCGGUGACCGACGAGUUUCGCACUCAGUACCGCCACUGCCCCGACUAUCGCGACAUCCACGCGACCCUUCGGAGGGGCAAGACCGUCCCAACCUAUUCUUUCGGGGACAACGGUCUCGUGUACUGGCACGGUUCACAGGGCACCAGAGAGCCCCGUAUUUGCGUUCCCUCCACUGGACAGCUACGUGUCCGAGUAGUAGCAGAGUUCCAUGACCAGGCAGCCGCCGGUCAUAUGGGCUUCCACAAGACGUUGGCUCGUGUGAGCCGCCUGUACGUCUGGCCGAAGCGCAAGGACUUUGUGAAGGACUACGUCGCAGAGUGUCCCACYUGUCAGGAGGUGAACAGUGCGAACCACCUGCCUUAUGGUUUGCUCCAGCCUCUUCCUAUCCCUGAGGGUCGUUGGCAGUCCAUCUCGAUGGACUUUAUCGGUCCUCUUCGUCCUCUGACCCCCCGAGGUCAUGAUGCUAUUCUGGUCGUCGUCGACCGCUUCACGAAGCGUGCACGCUUUGUUCCGUGCCGCUAUGCCAUCAGUGCACGUGAGGUCGCCGACAUCGUGUUUGAUCGAGUCGUGCGUGACCACGGCUUACCUUUGAGCAUCAUAUCUGAAUGUGACCCGCGCUUUACCAGCCGAUUCUGGCGACGGCUCCACGAGGUGUACGGCACUCGGCUCCGCUUCUCCUCGUCUUACCAUCCUCAGACUGAUGGUCAGACUGAGAUCACGAACAGGACUCUCGGAGAUAUUCUCCGAAAAGAUCGUUCGUGACGACCAGCAGUGGGAUCUCCAUCUUGCCCACGCGGAGAUAGCCUACAACCAC